AUGUCGCAGCACGUGAACACAAUACCUCCGCCAGACAUGGAUCUGGAGGACGGCAGCUUCUGCAGUGACGGACACAAAAACAGUGGUGGGUCCUUCCCACACCCGUGCGAUGUACAGAGUCUGGCAUCCGUCGUGCUGUCUGCUUGCCUAUCGAGGGAGGAGGAGGGGGAGGGAUUAAGACAGCGAGAUUCGUUCUGCCAGAGCGAGAAAUCGCAGGAAGAAGCAGAGAAGCAGGAGAGCGCCAUCCUGCCUUUGGUGUCGCAGGAAGACUGUGGCGAGGCACCCCUAUUAACGCGGAAUUACUACAGGCAGCUGCUGCUGCGCCGAAAUCAGGAGUUGCUGCAGGUGCAGGCGGAGUUUGAUCGGUACGCCGAAAGAAUGAAGAUGCAGUUGGAGAAGAAAAUAGACCCUGACGGGCCACAGCCUGUGGAGCUCCGAAUUGACGAGGGAUUGGAGCUUCUCUCCAACACCCCGAUCAUGCUUUCCUUGCUGGUGCGCUGCUCGUUUCGAGAGCCGGAGGUGGGAAGUGACGGUGCGGCGGUGGUGGGCGAAGGGGCGUCUCCACCGGCACCAACACCGCGGUCAAUGCCAGGCUCAAGGUCCUCAUCGCCCUAUGCGGCAAUGUACUCCAGGCCUCCACCUCGCGAGUGGACCGCAGGCGCCUCGGAACAGUACGAAAAGACGCUGCAUGACCAUGAAAACGAGCUGAAGAAGAUUGCUGAGGACUAUGAGCGGUACGCCGCAGAAUUGGCGAAGCGGUUUAAACGACCCCCGGUGGUUAUCCCCCCACACCUGGUGAAUUCCUUCGCGGACACCAACGUUAUUGUGGCAAAGGACCACAACGGGCGGAUGGACUUGGCCCUCCAAUUGAAGCAGGCGUCGCCAGAAAGUCCCAGUCCCAACAACAAUAAUGUCGAGGGCAAUUCUGCAGAGUUGCAGCGGGUCCCUGAGGGCGACGAAUUGCCGUUGUCACAGCAGGAACAGCUUGCUCGCUUUACCAUUGAGUCGCUUGCUAACGGUGACAUUUGCGAGCGGGACGCACUUAGUGGACAGUUGUACUGGGAGGCAGAGCCGCCCACAGUGCCGCACUACCUCCUGCCCAGUCGGCUGCUUGACGAACGCGUGGCUGAGGUGGUGUGCAACUAUCGCUUCUACUCACGCCGUUGGGGUGAACAGUGGAAGGAACUGGCGGCCGCUGUUGGGGGCGAACAGGGUGCUGAGCUGCUGCAUCGCUACGAGACACGUGAGUACUCACUGCUACUGCCACCAAAGUGUAGGCGAGACUUUUUUGAAUCCGCCGUGGACUAUGACACCUUGCUGCAGGAGCAGGAGUUUAUCAUGGAGGUGGUCGAGCGUAACUUGAUGGAAUAUCGUUCCGCGUUGCUGGACAAACCACCGUCGACACCACAUGAGCAACUCCCACCGGUGGAGUCGCCUUAA